UAUCCAGUAUCGAACUCUGCAUUGCAAGUUAUAAACGUACUCGGGGGUUUGUUGUUCGCUUGCUCGGUGUGUUGUAUGUGUUUAUAUUGGUUUUUUGUGUAAAAACUUCUAAAUUUUCACAAUGAGUGCAGAGGAAGAAGUACUGCGGAUUCAGAAAAAAUUAAACAAGAUGUCGAGCGGCGACGGGACGGGGCAAGAACAAGCAUUAGAAUUACUUAAAAUAUUGCAAAAGUUGCCUGUUGAUUUAGAACUUUUGACCAAGACGCGUAUUGGGAUGACAGUGAAUGCAUUGAGAAAAUCAAGCAGAGAUGAAGAAGUUAUAUCACUAUCCAAAACUCUUAUUAAAAAUUGGAAGAAAUUCUUAUCUGGGUCCAAUAAAGAAAAGGAUUCUACUUCUUCAAGUAGUUCUAAGAAAAAAGAUGAUAAAUCAGAGAAAAACAAAGAUGAUGGAGAUCAAAAGAAAGAUAAAGAUAAUGCAGAUGGAAGUGAUGUUAAAAUGAAAGAAGAAAAGCCUCAUAAAGAUAUUCAAAGAAAACAGUCUACGUUCCCUGCUCCUACCACAACAGAUGCUGUAAGACUUAAAUGCAGAGAGCUUCUAGUUUCAGCUUUAAGAGUAGAUGGAAGUACAAUUGACGGCUGUGCUAGUCCAGAAGAAUUGGCAGAAGAAUUGGAGGAAGCAAUUUAUGCAGAAUUCAAAAAUACUGAUAACAGAUAUAAAAACAGGGUACGAAGCAGAGUAGCUAAUUUACGUGAUGCAAAGAAUCCUAAUCUUCGAACUAAUUUUAUUGCUGGUGCUAUAACACCUGCUAGACUUGCUGUUAUGACUGCAGAAGAAAUGGCAAGCGACGAAAUAAAACAGUUAAGAGAACAAUUUAAAAAGGAGGCAAUUAAUGAUGCACAACUUGCUACAGUGCAAGGAACAAAAACUGAUCUAUUAAAAUGUGGAAAAUGUAAAAAACGCAAUUGCACUUACAAUCAAGUGCAAACGCGUUCAGCUGAUGAACCUAUGACUACUUUCGUGUUAUGCAACGAAUGCGGAAACCGAUGGAAGUUUUGCUAAAUAUUGAGUGCUAAAUAUCUGAUUGCAAUG